UCCAUCAAGGACAUCAAGAAGGCCUACCGGAAACUGGCACUGCAGCUCCAUCCCGACAGGAACCCUGACGACCCCCGGGCGCAGGAGAAGUUCCAGGACCUAGGGGCUGCCUAUGAGGUGCUGUCGGAUGAGGAGAAGAGGAAGCAGUAUGAUGCGUAUGGUGAGGAGGGAUUGAAGGAUGGGCACCAGAGCUCCCAUGGAGACAUCUUCUCGCACUUCUUUGGGGACUUCGGAUUCAUGUUUGGAGGUAACCCUCGCCAACAAGACAGGAACAUUCCUCGAGGAAGCGACAUCAUUGUGGACCUGGAGGUUACGCUGGAGGAGGUGUAUUCAGGAAACUUUGUGGAAGUUGUCAGGAACAAGCCAGUGGCAAGACAGGCACCUGGCAAACGGAAAUGCAAUUGCCGGCAGGAGAUGAGGACCACCCAGUUGGGUCCUGGACGUUUCCAAAUGACUCAAGAAGUUGUUUGUGAUGAAUGUCCCAACGUCAAGCUCGUGAAUGAGGAGCGAACACUAGAAGUGGAGAUAGAGCCAGGCGUGAGGGAUGGUAUGGAAUAUCCCUUCAUCGGUGAAGGUGAGCCCCAUGUGGAUGGGGAGCCAGGUGAUUUGCGCUUCCGAAUAAAAGUUCUUAAGCACCCAGUCUUUGAAAGAAGAGGAGAUGACUUGUAUACAAACGUGACAAUCUCGCUGGUCGAGGCACUUACAGGCUUUGAAAUGGAUAUCACCCACUUGGAUGGGCACAAG